AUGCAGUACGUUCGCAACCUCAGCGCCUCCGUCUCCUCGACAUGGAACUCCAUCAACCCGGCCACUCUGAGUGGCGCCAUCGACGUGAUUGUCGUUGAGCAAGAAGACGGCACCCUGGCUUGCUCUCCUUUCCACGUCCGCUUUGGAAAGUUCUCCCUCCUUCGGCCCUACGAGAAGAAGGUCGAGUUCAAGGUCAACGGCGUCAAGCAGAACUACUCCAUGAAACUUGGAGAGGAAGGAGAGGCUUUCUUCGUCUUCGAAACCAGCGACAACAUCCCCAGGGAUCUACAAACCUCGCCUUUGGUAUCCCCAGCAUCGAGCCCUCCCCUGAACCCUGAGAACCCCUCGUCCUCCGAACUGGGCGAACCGGAUCUGUUGGACCUGGACUCCGAAGAGAGGAGACCUAAGCGUCCUCCUCCUUCAGUCAUCCACAGCGCAACUCUCCCUCGGGACCACGGCAUUCUUACCCCGUUAUCCACAUCACCAGACCUCACCCACGGACGACCGAGAUCAGACGACUGGAACCUCCGUCCCUAUAGCGACGAUGUGUUGCGCAAGUCGGCUCGUACCAGUGACCGUGAGUACGGCGAAAGCUCUGCCGAUUUUGCCAUGUCCGAGAGAUCGCAGAGUCCUCCACCUCUGGCAGCGAAGGAUGCUGUCGAGCGGGCGCGCAUGCUCUCCAAGGAGCUUUCCGCCAACAACAUUCCUACUCGCGUGACUGAAACGGGCGACCUCAUGCUUGACAUGACCGGUUUCAAGAGCAACGAGGAGGAUAUUUUCCGUGCUGAGAUCCUUGCACGCAAGAUCUUGUCUGAAGAGCUUGAAGGCAACUACGAUAUUGGUUCCCUUUUUGGUAUGGACGAACAUGGAAACAUCUGGAUCUACAGCAGCGAGGAGGCGAAAGAGGCAGCCAAGAAGAAGACUAUGGAGGCAGGCUACCGGCCAACGGCCAUCGCAGCUGAUGCUGCGUCCGACCCGGGAUACCAGAGCGACGGUAGCGAUGUGACGACUACAGCGCCUACUCCGAUCCACAGGAGAACUGAAUCGGAUGUCGGCGCCUCUGGCAUGCAGACUCCUCCGACCACUCCGCCUCAAUCGUCAGCCGGAGACCCAAACCUGAACUACGCCAAGACGCUGCGGUUGACUAGCGAUCAGCUGAAGGCGUUGUGCUUGAAGCCCGGUGAGAACAGUAUGAGCUUCACAGUCAACAGAGCGACGUGUAACGCCAACAUGUACCUGUGGAGACAUGAGGUGCCUGUUGUCAUCUCGGAUAUCGACGGCACCAUCACCAAGUCGGAUGCGCUGGGUCAUGUUUUGAACAUGAUUGGCAGGGACUGGACGCACGCUGGUGUUGCCAAACUCUACAGCGACAUUGUCGCAAACGGUUACAACAUCAUGUACCUAACUAGUCGAUCAGUGGGACAGUCCGAUACCACCAGAGCAUACUUGGCUGGCAUUCAGCAGGGAGAAUACCGGGUUCCGCGCGGGCCAACAAUUUUGUCCCCGGACCGGACUAUGGCCGCACUCCGUCGUGAGGUGUACCUCCGGAAGCCCGAGGUAUUCAAGAUGGCUACCCUUCGUGACAUUCGUCACUUGUACGGUCGGGAACAGACGCCAUUCUACGCUGGAUUUGGAAACCGUUUGACGGACCAAAUUUCGUACAGAACAGUAGAUGUUCCGAGGAACCGCAUCUUCACGAUCAACUCCAAUGCCGAGGUUUCUCUUGAUCUGCUGAGCUUGAACAAGCUCAAGUUGAGCUACAUCAACAUCAACGAGGUUGUCGACCACUUCUUCCCACCUGUUAGCACUCUCGUUAAGGGUGGUGGAGAAGAGUACACAGAUUUCAAGUACUGGAGGGAUACUCCACUGGAGUUGGAUGAAUUCUCAGCAAGCGACUCUGAUGAUGAGCAGGCCGACCUAGAAGAAGACGCCGACGACGAUGACGAAGACAUCGGUGACGAGAUGGGCCAAAGCUACAUCUCGAGAGGUUCCAUUGAUGAAUACGGUGACGAGCGAGAGAGCAUCCUCAGCGGAAGCGUCGACGGCGACGAGCGGAUGACGGCCUCCAUGAUGGAGGACGAGUACGCUGACGACGAAGACGCCGAAGACGAAGAUGAAGAGGACGAUGACGUUGACGAAGCGGACCUCGAUAGCGUGCGAGCGCAGCGCGAGCGAACACCUCAGCCCAGCGGCAAGGAAAAUCAGUCUUCUCCACCCACCCAAAAGGUGCUUAUGGAAGACGUCGGCGCUGAGUUGAUCACAGGGGCCGCGGUGUAUAACCCUAAUGUUACUUCUACAGGUGCGAACUAA